GUCGGACCUACACAGUGAUGACUUGUAGAACAACAACAAAAAAAAUGAUUAACAGGCAUUUUGACAAUGACACUGCUAUACAGAGAAAUAAAAGGAAUUAACAGGAGUAGUAACCAGCAAAGUUUCAGAAUGGCUGAGGAACAGAGAACUGAAGUUGCUACAAGAAUGGGGACAAGAAGACAGACAAUGCUGAAUGAGAGGAAAACUAAGGAAGAACAAAAUGAGCAACAAAAUAAUAAACCAAAUGAAUGUGCAGAACCAUUCGCCUGCUGUGGCUGUAACAGAACAUUUAGCACUCCAGCAGGUUGCAAAAGGCAUAUGCGUUACUGUGCGUUAGCUGAUGGAUCAUUAUUAGUGGUAGACAAGAGUAGCAUGGACAACGCCAGUGGGCCUGAGAAUAGUUUACGAGGCAGGCAAAAUUCAGGGAAUAGUGAAGCAGCUAACCCAGCAGAAGCACAAGCUAAUGGUAGCCCUCAGCAACAGAUAAAAGGCACAGUUUUGAAUACAGUAAAUGAGCUUAUAGACGAAACUUCAGCUUUGGGUCCAGGUAAAUGUCAUUGUUGUGGUGAAGACCUCGACACUGCACACUCGGGGGGUGACUUUGAAUGUGUUGAUUGCUCUAAAAGCUUCAAGUUGAAGUCCAGUCUGGAGAGGCACAGAAGAGUGAUUCACAUGGAAGGAGAGACAUAUACAUGCCCAGAGUGUAAUGCAAGAUGUCCAGACAAAGGAACUCUUGCAAGGCACAUGUACACUCAUACGGGUCUGAAACCCUAUUCAUGCUCACGUUGCCAGAAAACCUUUAGCAGAAAAUAUCAUUUGGAGCGACAUGUUGCACAAACAGGCUGUGAUGGGAAGUCGAGGCCAAGUUUUCCAUGUCAGGUGUGUGGGCGAAUGUUCAGUCGGAAAGAUAAUUUGAGGCAGCAUUUACGUGCUCAUGCAGGUCAGGUGAUACGCAAGAAGACUUACACAUGUGAACAUUGUCAUCAUGAGUUUCAGGGUGCUACACUUUUGCAGGUGCAUUUGAGGACACAUACAGGUGAGAGACCAUAUCCUUGUGAUUUCUGUCCAAAGAGAUUUCCUUCAAGUGGUGCGAUGAAGAAACAUCGAAGGAUGCACACUGGCGAGCGACCUUAUGAAUGCAAGGAGUGCUAUGCCAAAUUUGCAGCAAAGGAAACACUGAAUCGUCACAUACGUACGCACACGGGUAUCAAACCUCAUAUCUGCCAGUUCUGUGGCAAGAGUUUUAUACAGUCUGCCCAACUUCGAGCUCACAUUUUCCAUCAUACAGGUGAAAAUGGGUUCACAUGUUCCCAUUGCGGCAAGGCAUUCAAUCGCAGAUCUCGUCUUCUUAUGCAUGUGAAAUAUAUUCAUGAAGGUGCAAAACCAUAUGAAUGUGAGCAAUGUUCAAAAACAUUUGUCCGAAAGGAAGAUCUGGCUCGUCACACUAUUCUACACUCAGGCAUAAAAGCACACAAAUGCCCAAUUUGCCAGAAGAGCUUUGCCAUGAAAUCUUCAUUGAAGAUACAUCUUUUGACACAUACAAAGGAACCACCCCGUUCUUGUGAUGAAUGUGGAAGAGCAUUCAUUCGGCAAGAUUGUUUACUCCGUCACAUGCGCACCAAGCACAGAGACAUGUUGGAGGAGAUAUUGGCUGAAACAGAAAAGAAAAAACUGCAACAGCAGCUUCUAGCUGCAGCAGCAGCUCAAGGGCCUGUUGGAUCUGGUGUGGGCCUGAAUGGUAGUGGAAGUGAUGGAAGUUCAGGUGACCCUAGUAGCAUACCAUCACUCAGUGAAGCUGCUCUCGCUGACUCAGUUCGUGAGCUGCUGGCACUGCUAGUGGACGAAGCCACUCUAAAGGCUUUUGGAUGGCCAGAAACACAAGUUGACCAGUUACUAGAGGCAGUCAUUCGUCGAUGUGGUCAUCAGCCUGUAACCUCAGAGGAGCUAUUGUACACAGAUAGAUUGCGUGAAAAUGCCAAGCUGCUGUUCACUGUUGUCAUAGAUGACUCUGCUGUCAAGACUUUGCUCAACAAUCAGACUGUGGACGAAGUUAUUUUGCAUGUACUUCGUCUCGCCAAGUCGUAAAAAUAAUUGUGUGUGUGGCUGGGCGGGUGGAUGGGUGUGCGCACGUGCACUUAGUUAGCUCCUGUCUCCAUGGUGUUUAUAUUGUUACAACAGAACCUGUUGCAUUCAUUUCAGUCAUUUCAGAUAUAUCUUUGAUGGAAUCUUAUGUGUUGAACUUAAAGUUUCUCUUUUUGAUUCUUCUUCAAUGAACACAUUACAUCCAGAGUCUGAAGUCAGUGAUUUUGUUAGCACAAAUGUAGGUUCUUGUACAGAACAUUUCUCUUUGCAUACCACCGAAUCAUCAAAGGAUUCAGGUAUGAAGUUUCUGUUAUGCUUUUACAAACCAUUCUUUUUUCUCUUUCUGCUUUCAGACUUCAGUAACAGUUGAUUGUUGCAUUUAAUAAUGGAGAUGUCUCAGUUAUCAGAAUUAUUCACAUUUACACCAUUUCUAUGCAAACUCCAUUUCAUUAUAUGAGUUUUCUUGAUUAGAAAUUUUCUUGUCUGCUAUUUUCCUUCCAUAUGUAAAAUCAUUCUGAUCGUAAUUUCUCCACGGUUUGGGGAAGCAGAUGUAAUCACAAAGUAUAGACAUCUUUGAGGCUCGCACAGUUGCAAAAAAACAGCCGUAUUUGUAAGGAGUUCAAUGUAUGUUAGCUUUAGGGAUCAUGAAAUUUAUCAGUUUGUUUUCAGAGUGAAAUAUCAAAUCCUACUUUUAUUAAUACAGAUUACAUUUUGUGAAUACUCGUUAUCUUGACUGAUACUAAGAGCCAUCUAGCAACUAAGAGCACCAGCAGAAAAUUAAUUAUCUGUAAAAAGAAAUAUGAUGAAACAUGUAACUAUAUUUUUUGUAUGUAAAUGAUGAGGAUGUAAGAUAUGAAUUAUUUUUUGAGAUAUUGACCUCAUUCUUUUACAAUUAUAAAGUCUUUUGAUAUAUAAGUGCUCUGUACAAAUCCAAUUUUGUAAAAUU